CCAGCGCCGCCAUCGCGCUAGCCGUACCCGUCCCGAGAUGCCAACAAGCGAUCUAAAGCGUAUUGCUUUCCUGCAGCAUGCCUUUCAAGGGAUUCGCAUGGGUCUACGCGUCGAGGACGCAUAAAAGCACGACAAAAGAUGUUUGCAGACCAACGGGAUCUCCUGCUCCUUCAGCCUUCGCCUGCCUCCUAACAUGUUCUGCAAAGUGACUCUCGUUUUCGUAGUUCUUGCUCUCCUCGCCACCGCGAACCCCGUCGUCCACGCUCCUGGUGUCAGCGUUGCGCUGGGCGAACGCAGCACACUGACUCGUGCCGAUGGUAUCUUCGACCAUGAGAAGGCCAUCCUGCACAAUAUCAAGACUCACAACAAGUACCAGAAGAACCUCCGGAAUCUGCUGGCAAACAAAGGCAGCCUUCCCGAGGGCUGGGAGAUCAAGGAGUUCCGCACUGCCUCCGCCGCAUUGCAGAAGCGUGAUACUGGUUCCGAUCCUCUGACGGACCAGGAUGACGAUGUGUUGUGGACGGGCCCGAUCUCCAUCGGCAUUCCCGGCCAGCCAUUCGUAAUCAACUUCGACACCGGCUCGUCCGACCUGUGGGUCCCCAGCUCGUCUUGCUCGAGCUGUGGCGGCAAGCACAUGUACAAGGCCUCUUCGUCUUCGACCUCUUCCAAGAAAGAUGGCACCUUCUCUAUCAAGUACGCUGAUAAUUCGACUGUCUCUGGUCCCAUUUACACCGACACCGUAACCGUUGCUGGCCUGACCGUGACCAACCAGUACUUAUCUCCGGUCACGACGCUCUCGAGCGCAUUCCAGAGCAACCCUGCUGACGGCAUUUUGGGUCUUGCCUACCCCGCUGUCUCGAACCUCAACGCGACCCCCGUCUUCAACGCGCUCAUCGACCAGGGCAAGGUCAGCGCGGGCGAGUUUGCCUUCAAGCUCGCCUCCAGUGGUUCAGAGCUCUUCCUCGGAGGCACCGACACGUCCAAGUACACCGGCUCGAUUGAGUUCCACGACAUCGACCAGUCGACGGGAUUCUGGCAGCCGACCAGUGCGAAGAGCGUCGUCGGUUCCAAGAACCCCAACACCGACUUCGAGACCGUCAUCGACUCGGGCACGACGAUCAUGUACGGCCCGCCGAGCGCGGUCAAGACCUUCUACGCGGCAGUCUCGGGCAGCAGACUGUACGACUCGGAGGAAGGGUACUACUCGUAUCCGUGCAACUCGCCGCUGACGGUCGGGUUCAACUGGGGUGGCAAGACAUGGGAUGUCACCAGUGCCAACUUCAACCUCGGUCGGACCCAUCAAGGUAGCAGCCAGUGCGUCGGCGCACUCGCAGGCCAGGAUAUCGGACUCGGGAGCGUGUGGCUGCUCGGCGACAGCUUCAUGAAGAACGUCUACACUGUGUUCUCGUUCGAUCAGAAUGCUGUCGGCUUCGCCGCUCUAGCCUAAGUGUGAGAGACACUCG